UGCAGUGUUGUUAGUUUGAACAAAAUGGCUGCGAGACCACUGUCAACGAGAGCUCACUGAACGCCUACCAUGACUGUCCGCUCCGCUGUCUGGAUCCACACAGAAUGUAUUUCCCCGGAGUCGUUUCUCACUUUGCAUUCGCGUUAGCCAGCCCGUCGCUAGUCGUCCAGCUGGCGACCUAAACAUACAAACAAACAAAAAAAAAAAAACAUUUCUUUUUUGCACUUUAAAACAAGUUGGCUGGCUAACUGGCCGUCGGCUUGCUCUAAUACGCGAGAACUCAUCGGCGAAUUUUUUAUUUUUUUUUUGAACGAAGAAAGCUGCCUGAUUUCUCUGUUUGUACAGAACCUCGCAACGGUCGACGACGUACAACGGCCAACCGUCGCUAACGUUACCUUACAUAAUUUAGCUGCUUUUAAAAAGUCAUUUUAUUCGUGUGUGUGUUUUUGUUGUUUUUUUGUUGUUAGUGGUGCUUCGUUCCCCUCCCCGCCCCCCUCCUAUUAUAUCGUGACGUUUUUGACAAACUGUUUUUCCUGCGAGUGUAAUUUCAAGACAUGUUUUUUACUGCUUACAUUUUUUUGCUCAAAGCAUAAUUGCCGUACUUGCUGUGUGUAUAUCUGGCUGAGUGGCCGUUGUUUACCUCGGUAUCCUGUCACCAAGCUGCUUCAGCAGCAGUCGGCUUAUCUGCCAAGUCUGACUUUAAAUCGCGACUGAAUCCUCUCUGCUCCAUCUCUCUUUUACGGGUAACUUUUAGAAAAGACUUCGGAAGAAUGCUUUUCUGCAUAUUUUUUUCUGCCAUGCACCGACUCUUCACUGAAAGCUGCCAAAGCUGUGGUUAACGCGAGCUGAGAAAAGCAAGCAACAGAAGAAAGAGGACCAUUUGAUGGAAGAAAAGAAAAGGAAAAAACAAGAAGAAAAGACCAAGACGGACGUCGCUCAGAAAAAGGCUGCUGAUCAGAAACCCAAAGUGCCAGAGCCUGCUCCCACUAAGCCCAGUCUUGGCCCACCCCACCACCUCCACCCCGCCAGCCCUACGCUGCCCCUCUCCUCCUCCUCUUCUUCUUCUGGCAAUGGCAAGUGCGCCUCCUCCAGUAGCCAACUCCCGACUCAGACUCCCCCUCAGCAGCAGUGCCAGUUGUCCUCUGCCAGUGCUCGCUACCCACCCAGAGAGGUGCCCCCGCGCUUCCGCCAGCAGGAGCACAGGCAGCUACUGAAGAGAGGCCAGCCACUGCCUGCAGGAGCCCUCAGCGCUCUCACCCUCUCCUCCUCCUCUUCCUCCUCCUCCUCUUCGCCCUCAUCAUCUUACUCUUCUUCUUCUACGACUACCAGCAGCACUACCCCAAACUCUGCCACGUCCACUGUGGGCAAACGCCACCCAGACAUAUCCCUCCAGAGUGGCCCUGUUGCCCAGUAUGAGACCUCUCAUUGGGGAGCCUCUUUGCCAGUUGACAGCCCCUCCAGUGCCAACAGCUGGGACAAAGUGAUUAUUGACGGAAGUGACACAGAAGCUUGGCCCUCCAUCAGCCGCAGUAGUGACCCCACCCACCCUGCAGCACCAGAAUGCCCCUUGGGCUCAACUAACUCUAACCAAGACACCAGUGCUGUCACUACCACCAGUAGUAGUAGUUUUCUGAGUAUGGCCACAGGUGCCACAGGCCAGCAGGCCCACUACCCCUCUCUCAAAGCUAACAAUCACAUGAUGACAGGACCUGGGUCAGCCAACACAUUAGCUGGUAAUAGAGGCUGGGGCUCUGAUGGGAAACAAGAUGGUAUGAAUGGUGGCCGAGUAGGAGCACCCAGUAACUGGGGCUCUCCCAAUUUUAACUUGAACCUCAAUCCCAAUGCCAACCCAUCUGCCUGGCCUGUUCUGGGCCAUGAGGGUGGUGGAGGUGGUGGUAUUGGCCCCAAUGGAGUGUCAAACUCCCCAUCCCUCCCACCAGGUAUUAAUGGCAAUGGAAAUAUGGGAAAUGGGAGCCUGGGAGGUGCGGAUAAUGGUGGGGGAGGUUGGGUUGGCAUGAUGAGUGCUAACGAAAAUGAUCAACAACACCCUUCAACCAACACAAGUUUGUCCUUCAAUAUGGAACCUGCUAACCUUAACACUGAUGGACCAAACCACACUAAGCAACUGCAGCAAGCUCAGGAGCCUAUGAGCCCUAUCCAUGGGUUAACUGGCUGGGGAGGCCAGUCACCCACUGAAUCAUCCCAGCUUAAUGGGGACACAACAGGCAGCUCUGUAUGGGGAAGUGGAGAAACCAAGGCAGCUGACUCUCCCAAGGACUCAGGCUGGGACUCAACUCCCUCUGGAGGCCAUUCUACUUGGGGCCGCCAAGGCAGUGGCGGUGGGAGUAGUGGAAGUGGUGGCUGGGGUGACUGGGGGAAAUCCUCUGGUGGUGGAGAAGCAUCUAAAGGCUGGGACUCAAUAGAUGCUGGUAGUUCUGGUUCAGGACAGGAACAGCAACUUAGCUCAUGGGGCCAGCAGCCUGGUACAGCCCCAGCAAGCGAGGGUAGUGGAGAUAGCAACGAAGGUCAAUCCCAACAGAGAGACAGGUCCUCCAGCAUGGAUUAUUCCCCUAUGCUACCCCGGCAGGACCUAGACCCUAGGGUGCUAAGUAACACGGGUUGGGGACAGACGCCCAUCCGACAGCACACUGUAUGGGAGAUGGAAGAAGCCAACUCUGAUGAUGGGAAGAGCAACAGCAGCUCAGACACCUUAGGAGGCUCCAGUUCUAAUGGUGGACACACAUCCACCAAUGGAGGCACCGUCAACCCAAACAUUGGCCCUAACCAAAGGCCUGGGUCUGGAGGAAAAAGUGACAGUGAAGGACCAUCAUCCUCUGGCUGGGGAGCUCCUCCACCUCAGCCAAUCCAGACUGGAUCAGGAUGGCGGGACCCCCCACAGUCACUCAGCAAAGCCCCAAAUGGCACUACCAGUGGCUGGGGAGAGCCCUUGCCUACCAGUGGUCCUAGAAAUGGAGGCACACCAUCCUGGGGUUCUGAGGACAAGACACCCAGUUGGGAUGAUGGCCUGACGAAAAGCCAGACUACUAGCUGGGGAGAGGGCCCCAAAAACUCCCAUGGUUGGGGCAACAGUAAUGGGGGCACCAAUGGCUCCAGCACAGGGGAGUGGGGAGAGGCAGAGGUCAAGAACAAUGGAUCCUCCAGCAGCAUGUGGGAGGGAGAAGCAGGGAAUGGAGGAAGUGGUGGAUGGAAGGAAAGCCCCAGAGGAGGAAAUAGAGGAGGAGGUUGGGGUAAGCCGGCUCCUACUGUGAGUAAUAGCAGCUGGGGUGAGACCCCACGUUCCAAUGGCCCAGUGCAAGGAGGCUGGGGAUCUUCCAAGCCCCAGGAAAGCAGCAGCAGCAGCAGCAGCAAUGGCAGCGGAGGAGGUGGCAGCAUUGGUUCAUGGGGUGGUCCCGGUUCUGUGAAGCAGAACACGCCAAGUUGGGGCAAUGGCAAACAGGACCAGGGCAUGGAGCCCACUGGCUGGGAAGAGCCCUCCCCUCCCUCCGUCCGCAGGAAGAUGGAGAUUGACGAUGGAACGUCCACCUGGGGCGAUCCCACGAACUACAACAAAACUGUCAACAUGUGGGAUCGCAACAAUCCCAGUGGUAACCCAGGCAACAGCGGCCCACCUCCCAGUAAGAAUGGUGGAGUGAUUAUUCCCAACAAUAACAACAACAAUCACUCAGUUGGCCCUAGCAACAACAAUCACCAUCACCCUCACCACAUGCAUCACCAUCCUCAUCAUGGCCAACCCCCAACUCACCUGCAACACCAUGGAAACAACAAUGGGUCACACAACAAUGGGUCACCCAACAAUGGUGCCUCACAUCCAGGUGCGGGCCCCCAGGGUAGACCUCCCCUCGCCAACCCAGGUUGGGGAGAACUUCCCAGUGUUCAACCCAAGUCGGAGCCUGCUUGGGGAGAGCCAGCAGCUCCAACAUCAACUGUGGACAAUGGCACCUCUGCCUGGGGCAAGCCCUCAGGGGGAGUAGGGGCAUGGGGAGACGGUGGUCACGAGCCCUCUGGACCCUAUGGCAGGGCCAAUGGACCCCCAAGUUCUGCUCCCUGCAAGCCAGGCCCCAAACCUAUGCAAGAUAGCUGGGGAAAUGGAGGAGAGGAGAUGGGCAUGUCUACUAGCCAGUGGGACACAGAGGAUGGGGACAUGUGGAACAGCCCCACCUCUCAGGAGAGCAGCUCUUCUUGCAACUCCUGGGGCAAUGGAGUCAAGAAGGGCCCAAGCAAGGGGAAGAUUGUCAACAAGCCAGAUGAGGCUUGGAUAAUGAACCGUCUCAUCAAACAGCUCACUGACAUGGGCUUUCCGAGAGACCCUGCUGAGGAGGCUUUGAAGAGCAACAACAUGAACCUUGACCAGGCCAUGAGCGCCCUGUUGGAGAAGAAGACAGACCUGGACAAGCGAGGCAUGGGCAUGUCUGAUUACAGCAACGGCAUGAACAAGCCCAUGGUGUGUCGGCCCUCUGGACUCUCCAAAGACCCCUCGGACCGCAACACCUUUCUUGACAAAGAUGGUGUUAUGUCUGAUGAUGCGCCCCCAUCACCGUUUCUGCCUUCCCCCAGCCUGAAGCUCCCCCUGGCCAACAGUAGCCUUUCUGGGCAGGGUCUGGGACAGGGCAACCCGGGGCUGGCCAUGCAAAACUUGAACAACAGACAACAGAUACCCAGUGGAAUGUUUGGCAGUAGUGGAGCAGCACAAACCCGGGCCAUGCAGCAGCAGCAGCAGCAGCCUCCUCAGCCACCAGUGCCACCUCUCAGCUCCUCCCAGCCUAGUCUACGUGCUCAAGUGCCUCAGUUUCUCUCCCCUCAGGUCCAAGCACAGCUCUUGCAGUUUGCAGCAAAAAACAUUGGUCUGAAUCCUGCACUUUUAACCUCACCAAUAAACCCUCAACAGAUGACUCUCUUGUACCAACUUCAGCAACUGCAAAUGGCGUACCAGCGUUUACAAAUCCAGCAGCAGAUGAUGCAGGCGCAACGCAAUGUUUCCGGCCCCAUUAGACAACAAGAGCAGCAAGUUGCACGUACAAUCACCAACAUGCAGCAGCAGAUCCAGCAGCAUCAGCGUCAGCUGUACCAGGCGCUACUGAUGAAGCAGCAGCAACUUCCCUCUCAUUCCUCCUCCUCUUCUUCCUCCGCUGGCCUGCAUGCUCCCAGUGGCCCCACCGGAGGCCCUGUCUCCGGCAAAUCAAACCUGGAUCCCUUCACAGGCCCACACCAGGCUCCGGGCCUCGCCGACACACUGCACACCAAAGAGCCGCCGUCUUCACCCAACGCCUACAGCACCUACCCUCUCUCUGGACUGAAUCCAAACAUGAAUGUAAACUGCAUGGAGGUUGGGGGUCUGUCCCUGAAGGAGCCCCCUCAGCCCCAAUCCCGCCUGUCCCAGUGGACACACUCCAACUCCAUGGACAGCCUCUCUGGUAACUCCUCAAACAUGGAGAACAACCUCAAUAAGCACGGUGCCAUAUCUGCUGCCUCUACCCUGGGCCCCCCUGGGAAACCCCCCCAGCUGGAGGACUCAUACAGCCCUUACAAUCUAAUGCCCAGCUCUGAGUCCCCCACCAGCCCCUUGGUGCCCCCAGACAGCUGGGGCCAGGGCAAGAGCCCCAAUGAAAAGAUCUCCAAUGGGACCAACAUUAACUGGCCCCCAGAGUUCUGCCCAGGUGUGCCAUGGAAGGGCCUUCAGAACAUUGACCCUGAGAAUGACCCCAACAUGACCCCUGGCAGCGUCCCCAGCGGUCCCACCAUCAAUACCAACAUCCAUGACGUUAAUCGAUACCUCCUGAGGGACAGGAAUGGAGGUAUGAACAGAGCCACUACCCCAGCUCUUCCACUUCAGAAUGGCUCUCUGCCUCCAACCAGCAGUGACUGGCCAGUCAGUGGCUACCCUAGCUCUUUCAGUCUGUCGUCCUCUGAUGGAGACAGCUCAGGUAAACUGUCUGACAUGAAGUCCACCUGGUCCCAAGGGCCCAUCUCUCAGAGCCAAGCCUCUCUGUCCCAUGAGCUGUGGAAAGUCCCUCAGGGGCCCCGCAGCACCACAGCCCCUUCCCGGCCCCCGCCAGGCCUCACCAACAACAAGCCCUCCUCCACCUGGGGCGGCAACUCCCUGGGCCUGGCCCAAGGUUGGAGCGGCUCCUACUCCUCUGAGGGAACCACCUGGAGUACUGACAGCUCCAACAGGACCAGCAGCUGGCUGGUGCUGAGGAAUCUCACCCCACAAAUUGAUGGUUCAACUCUGCGGACCCUGUGCAUGCAACAUGGCCCCCUGAUCACAUUCCACCUCAACCUGACCCAGGGGAACGCUGUGGUGCGCUACAGCUCCAAGGACGAGUCUGCCAAGGCCCAGAAGUCUCUGCACAUGUGUGUGCUUGGAAACACCACCAUCCUGGCAGAGUUUGCUGGCGAGGAGGAGGUGAACCGAUUCUUUGCACAAGGCCAGUCGCUAGGGGCAAACACCACUAGCUGGCAGGCCAAUUCGGGAACCAAUCAGAACCGGAUGGGGGCUUCGCAGUCCCACUCUAUUGGCCAGUGGAGCAGUGGCGGCAACGGUGGCAAGGUCAGCGGAGGCGAUCUGCUGUGGGGAGGGGUGCCCCAGUACUCCAGCCUGUGGGGGCCGCCAAGCGGAGAAGACGCUCGCGUGAUCGGGAGCCCCACCCAAAUUAACACCCUACUGCCUGGAGACCUGCUGAGUGGGGAGUCCAUGUAGGGUGAUGCCACGAUACACUAACCAACCAACCAACCAACCAACCCACCACCACCAUGUCAUUUAAGCCAUCGGUGGAAGGUGGGAUGGAAAAAGUAAAAAAACAAAAAAAAACAGGAGCAAAACCCAAGCAAAUCAUGUGGCGAUAAUCAGUAUCAAUUUGAACUGUUUUGAACUGUGAAUUGUGAAUCAGAAGGCUGGGGUCCCUACCACACAGACUGCAGACUCCAGUCCUUCUGUUUUGCUUAUGUUUUUUAUGUUCAGCUUACCUUUUUUGGAAGAAAGAAAGCAAGGGGUUUUUGUUUUCUUUCCUUUCGGUAUUUUUGAAAUGCAUCAUAUAAAAACAAACUGAAAUGAGACACAACACAAAGAAACAUUUUAAGUGUUUUUAGUUUUUCCACAAGUAUACAUGACAUUCUGUGUGAAGUGUUUUUAGGAGAAGCAAUCAAAGCUGCCAUCUGAGACUUUCCUUUUCCCUCCAAAAAAAAACAAAAAUCAUCCCAAAAUAAGACUUAAAACGACCAUUCCCAGCAUGUCCAUGGCCAAUGAUGUGGUUCAAAGACCUUUACUAGUUAUGUUAACGUUUGUUUCUCAGCACUAAUAUUAGCCUUAAGUGCUCUCUGGCCCAGGUCCUUCCCAAGCCAACUUUUUUAGUUUGUUUUGUAACUAAAGAAAUAGCUGAAAUCUUGCACAGUUUCACCCUCUGAGCCAGCAAGUGGUACAGGACAUGACUGGUGACAAACUCUGUCACUGGGCUGUAAGAAGGCCUGGCCACGUGACUGGCCCUACCAAUCAUCAGCUUAAUGAUUUUAAUUUGUAUUCUCAUAGGGAUUGACACAGCUGUUAAAUGUUCUCCUUUUUUCUUUUUUUUUGUAGGUCUAGACCCAAGCGCAUUUAUUUUAUAUCUAUCACAACACAUAAGCUGAGAUAAGAUUAUUUGUGAACCUCGCUGCGUCUCUCCGUACAUUGCCUGUGUACGUUGGGUGGCACCUAAUCAUUGACGUCUGCAAGCCCAGAUCCUUCUGGUCACCUUCAACUUGGAACCCAGUCGCCUGCUGGUGCUCUGUUGAAUUUUCUAUUGACCUAUUUGUUAUAAAGCCCAGCAGUCUGUAUGGUCAGCCAGUUUUCGGAGGAAAAAAAGAACACAAUUUCAGCUUCAUGUGACAGUUACAUUGUGCAAUAUACACCAUAGACCUUUCUUCCGUCCCGAUCUAUGUCCACCGGAGCUGGUUUCUCUUUUGUUUUGUUUUUGUGAUUGUUGCUGAUUGCAGCAAAAGACUUUGGAACUUCAAAAAACCUUACCCCUUUUCAAAACUUGGAUUCCCUCCAGGCUGCCAAUCCCCUGAAACUGUUGGGAAAACUCUGCAAAGAGGAAGAAGCAACUGUUGAACUGUGCAUGCAGCAAACUGUACUAAAGAGUGACAGAGUACAGAAUAAUGCACACUUCCUCUCUGCAUGCCACAGCCACACCCAACAGAGACUGAAUCCACAGUGGGAUUGGAUGGUUCUGGGUAUCUGGCACAAUACCAAAUAAGAGGGGUUUCUCCUAAUGCAGUAGACCUACGAGUGUUCCUUGCGUUUGGUACUGUACAAACAGAAGAGACUUAGACUUUUAUAAAUUCAAAGGGUUUUAUCAUAGCACUUAUGAAGAGCAAAUCGCUUCAACUGCAAUCCAAUAAAUCAAAAAAGGAGCAGCAAAAACAUUGAAAACAACAAAAAAAGAAAAAUACUGCUCUUUUAUGUACUAUAUCUAUUCCUUGGAAAUGUGUCUGGCGUUCCUCUGGUAGCAGGAUGAAGGGAAACAAAACUGAAACGUACCAUUGGACUUUGUGGGACAAAACUGCAGUCUGAUUUUAAAUUUGUUUUCCUCCUUUGGACAAUAUCAAAGUGAAUAUCACUGUUACUCCAAAUGUUUAGCCUUGUUCUGUUCGGAGGCACUAGACUUGCAACGUCAGCUGUCUCUGACAGCCGCCGGCCAGUCGGCCGGCCGGUCAGUCAGUCAGUCAGUCAGUCAGUCAGUCAGUCAGUCAGUCAGUCAGUCAGAGUCGGGUGGGGAGGGGGGAGCGUCCACUGAGUGCCUCUCUGCUGUGGUCCUCUGGGUGUCAAGCGGCAGCCCCACAGCGCAGCACUUCCUCCUGGGCUCCACUUGACCCUCCCUCAGUCUCGCAAGAAAAAGCAAAAGCUGCUCCAAGACUGGCCAAUGACGGCUCUCCGCCACACGUGGCAUCUCCAACGGGGGGCCUGCCACCACUCGACCCUGCUGUCGUUCCUGCCCUCUCCCCCAUCUCUCAGUUCUUUGACACAAAGAUCACUUUAGCUGGAAGAUGUAAUAGUCAUAUUUCUGGAAUUUUUGCCAGUGUACUUUUUAUUUUUUUGAAAAAGGUCAUUUGACUUUAUUUUUUUUCAAUGUUUUAUGUUGUUAUUUUUGUCUACAUGCAGUGGUCUACAAAAUUCUGGCUGCUGAACUAGCCCUUCACUGUUCAUAUGCAGAAACACUUUGGUCAGAGGUGCCUCUGUAUGUUCAUCCUGUGUAUUGAAUGCAAAACGAGGAUCAAUACUACAGAGCGUUAUUGAUUGUCUAUUUGUUUUUAACUGAUCAUGCUUUUGUGUUUGACAGUAUUCUGUAGUACUUCCAGGUAGUAUCUUGAGAUGUGUAAAAAUAGGGUGUCUCAGACGGUGGGGUGUGGGUGUUUGUCGCUCCAAGCUGCUCCGCCUGCCCGCAGGCUGUCCCCCCUUGCCCUUUGCCUAGCUGCUACGCUAUGACCUCCUCGCCUCCUUCACCUCAACCAGACCCAGUAGCCCUCCCCUGACCAGGCACCAACAGGCCCUCCUAUAUGUUUCUAUGCAAAAGACUAGAGGCUGGGGCCCUUUACAACAUGCCAAACCUGACUUGGGAAUGAGCACUCCUCCCAGACCUUGGCAGACCCUAACAGUUGUCCCCCGUGCGCUUCUGUCAGCACUUCAGAAUGGCCCGCCGUUUCUGUAAAGUCAGGCUACGCCACCAGAACACUGUCGCAUACUAAAGUCCAAACACUUUAUCAAAGGUUGGCCUUUUUCUCUGCGCUGAAGACACUUCUGUCCAGCUUGAUCUCAGGGUAGGGGAGUUGAUGAUACCAAGUAUGAGAUGCAGCUCUCCGUAUCUGUCCUUUCUACUGUGAGAGCAAAGUCUUAAAUUAAAAGGCCAUCUGCGCAAACAAUAUGUACAGACCUCAUGCCUCGAACUUAAUCCUAAUUAGAAGGGAAAAGGCUUGUAUUAAAUCCUUUUCUGAAAAGGUGGCCUAUCGUUACUUUUUGGGCCUCCUUAUUACAUGUAAAAGAUGCCAAUGUAAUGUGCCAAUAUAAAUUUGCUGUGUCAUACUGUAUCUUUAUAGAGAGCACUUCUGUUCCCUGUUUGGAGGAGCUUUGAUAACCUUUGCAGAGGGUGCAGCGGGGGACAGGAGGGAUCAAACAAAUGGGCGGCAGCAUCACACCCUUAAACGACUGAGGUUUCUUUUUUUUGUUUUUUUAAAUGCUUUUGUGGGGAAUGCCCAAUGCUAAGGAGAAAAUCUUUACUCAGUUGGGGGUUCCAGUUUGCUACAGUGCACAGUUGAUGAUGGGUAAUCCCGGGUACAUAUUUUUUUAAAACCAAAAAUGAAAUCGCAUUUUAACGUCAUUUUUAUGAAGUUUGACAUAAAAAUCUUAAAAAUGCUAAAAAAUCUAAACGAAAAAAAAAAGAUCUAUAAUAUGUUAAAGCUCUGCACUUCUAGCUGAAACGUCUCCGGUCAUCAGCCUCUACUACCACCAUCUAAAGGAGUAGACUGGUGGCCGGGGUGCCUUUUUGUGGAUGCUGUAUUUAUCUCGUUUUUAUGUUUGUGUCCUGCUCAAAGCGGGCCCACUGAACUGUACAUUUCCACAGACCCAGAUGGCUUGGGCCCACUGUAUCAGCCUCACUCUCCUCACUCUGCAUAAGCAGGAGGGGAGGGGCACAUUUCAAGAGGUACAAAGUCUUAAAACAUUUUAAAAAAAGUUUUAAAAAUUAAAAAAAAAAAAAAAAAAACAAGAAAACGGGAAAAGGCUACCUUUCAGGACUUGCAGUCCUGCAGCACACAAGCAAAAAUCACUAUUGCCUGUUUCUGUAACUGCCUUGAUCCAAGCUCAGACAGACCCAAUAGCCGAGGACCUCCCAGCAUCCUGUACUAACUGGAGAACCCUGACAGUGAAGGGGGUUUCCCAUGCUGCACCAGCAUCGAGAGGCUCUCCUCUCUACAGCUCUGUUCUAGAUAACAGUAUAUAUGUAUACACUACAUAUAUAUAUAUAUAUAUACUGUGAGUAUGGUGUGUGGUAUCACCUCUUCAGACUUCUUGGAUCGUAACCUCUGAAACUUUUCAUUUUUGUUUGAAAGGUCUUGGUUUAAUACAACUGAAAAUGAGCAAUAUGUAUUUUCCCCGCAAAUAAGUGAUACGAAUGAAAGAAUUCGGGUCGGGUGUAAACUGAUACUUGAUUGAUUGAAAGCUAUGUCUUUCUUAUAUGGAGUUGGAUAUGCACGUUCUGGUUUUGAUGACAUAUUACAGUACUUUGAAGUGCUUGUACUGUAUAUAUGUGUUGUUUGUUAAUUAGCCUGUCAAAAAGCCCAACCCAACCAGUUGAUAAAAAAAUCACAAACAUAUCAAAACGAAACAAAAUAUUGAACACAAAUACUUGAAUCAUGGAGCGCCAAUAACGUAAUGUGAAGUCAAUAAUUUUUGUUCUCUCCAUCUGACAGGUACACUUAGGGGCUUUUAGAGAAUAUUAAAAAUGUAUUGCAUUAAGUUACAAAUACAAAAUCUUUGGAAAAAAUGCAAAAGUAAUUUUAGAUGUGUGCUUGAAAGUCAGAUGUUUGUAUGAAUGUGUGCGCAAGAAACUGUGUGUACCGGGCACAUGGCCUGCUGUUAUGUUCCACUCAGUAUGUUAUAUUUUGUGUCUAUUUUUAUCUUCUUCUUUUUUUUUUUUUUUUUUUGUUUGUUGUUCUGUCAAAAACUAUUCUGAUAGACAUUGUUAUUAUCUUCUAACGUUGCACUGAGUGUCUUCUACCCCUCACUCAGCUAAUCGUAGAUAAAUGAGUCUAAGUACAGAGGGGAGAUGGUGACAAUUCAUGUGUACAUGUUUACUCAAGGACUUAAUGGAUUUUUUUUUUCAUUCUAUCUGUAAAAAGUUUAUCUACCUUAUAGUGGCUUUUAUUGUGGAAUAAUCCAAUACAAGGAUUAUCAUUGAGUAUUGCACCAUUUUGUUCCAAUUAUACAAAAAAAAAUGGAGAAAAAAAUCUAAAUAGAAAAAAGUACAAAAAAAACUAAAAAACAAAAAAGGGGAAAAAAAAAACAAAGAACUGUGGCCAUAGCUAGCUGUAGAAGGACUAGUAAUCCCUAUGUUAACUUCAUGGAGAAAUGGAAAGGGAUAAAGUGUGGGAGGUGAGUUUGUUACAAGACUCAUUUCAGAGGUGCCUAUCUUUUCUGUUGUUUUUUUAUUUUUGUUGCAAAAGCCACCUGUCGUUUACAAGCAUUUCAUUUGUCUGAAGUUCAAUGAAAUAGGAUAGAAAUUUAUAACAGGAAUGUUGUAAAAAAUAAAAGGACAAAUUUCAUCUUCCAUCAAAUAUGGACAUGAAAAUCUUGCAAAAUGAAGAUUUAUGCUACUUUAAGAACUCUGGGAUUGAUCAGUGUUGUGUCAUAUUUCAAUUUUUAAUUUCUCUUUCAAUGUCGACAGACUAUCUCUGUAUGUAUUGAGUUGUGAUUAUAUGUUUUCUGUAAGCGACGCAGUUUGCUCACUAUCUUGCACACUCAAAAGAAAAAAAAAAAGAUAUGGAUUUUGUCUCAGGAAGGCCAGGGUUCCAGAUACCAACUCCAACAUUUCUAAGGUUUAACGUUUGUGUGGGGAAAAAAGCAACGGAAAACAAUUAAACUCCAAGCAAGCACUGAAGGUUAUGAGUUUAACAGAAUAUAGAGAGUACCAUUGUUUCUUUAAAACACAACAAAAAAAAAAAAGUUCGUAGCAAGUUAUAUAUUUACCAAAUAAGACUGAGAAUCAACUUUUGAAAAAAGUGGAGUGCUUUACAUGUGAAAUCUAAGUAGAAAUUGCUUUACAUUUAAACAAUGAUCAAUGGUUUGAUUGUCAAAAAGACAGUGACAGAAAAUGCAUUUGUAUGUUUUGUUCUUUUUAAGUUUCCAUCCUGUAGUUCAGGAGCAUCGUGCAAGAAGUUUUUAUUUUUAAUCACCUCUCCUGUCUGUUAACGUGUCUGUUUCUGUGGCAGGUAUUCAAUAGUUGAGAGAUUUCUUAACAUGUAACAGAUGGUUUUUAGAGGCGGGUUGAAGUCGAGGAAUAAAGCUGGUUUUUAAAGGAUCAUGAUCUAUGCACAAGUGGGAGGGAAGAGUCCAAACCCAGCUGCUGUACUGCGGGCGUUUGUCGACUCAGGCUCUGGGGUUCAGGGUUCGAUGUAGGGUUGUUCUUGUUUUGUCUCUUUGCUCAAAUUUCCUCCACUCUACUCCCUACCCCCCCUUAUUAUCAUCAUCAUCAUCAUCAUCAUCAUAAUCAUCAUCAUCAUCAUCAUUAUCAUCAUCUAAUGUUUUAGCAAAACUUUACAUUGCGUCGCCAUGCUGUGUAAUCCUUAACCAAUGAGCGCUUAUCCUGCUAAAGCACUGUGGGUUGUACUGAAAAAAAAAAGCCCAUGACUUUUAAGGCUGUCUGUUUUUUAAGGGGAGGAGGGUGGGUGGGGGAAUGGGGGUACUUUGCCUUUGCCUUUCUCUUUACUUUGAAAAAAAAAAAACAUUAAGGAAAAAUGUCUGUAACUGAAAUACAAAGUUGUGGCUUUUAAUGUUGUUCUUUUUUCUCCUCAUAGAAUGUGAUUGUUAAGGACAUGCACCGGAAAAAAAUGUUUCCAUGGAUUAUGGAGCUUCUUUCGGACUAUAUUAAUAAAUUACAAAUUUUCUUGGCUGUUA